UCAUCGAUUCAGGGAGAGCGAGACAGAGAGAGAGAGAGAGACCAAGAGCGAGGGCCAAAACUCAAAAGGGGGAUCGGGGACCGUUGAGGGAAAAUGUUCUACAGAGGGAAAUACGUGGAUGGUGGCGAUGGGCGGGAAAUGGGUCCAAAACGGCAGCGGAUACUUGAUCAGCCUCAAUCAUUUUAUGGGGCUUCUGGGAGUUCGAGUUUUAUGUAUAACGCUUCUCCGUAUGCUUACAUUGGUCAGCCUCCACCGUUCCCAGUUGUUCGACUCCGAGGGCUACCCUUUGAUUGCACAGAAGCUGAUGUGACUGAGUUCUUCAACGGUCUAGACCUUGUUGAUGUUCUAUUCGUCCACAAAAAUGGCAGGUUCAGUGGGGAAGCCUUUGUUGUUUUGGGUUUCCCUGUUCAAGUUGAUUUUGCAAUUCAGAGGAACAGACAGAACAUGGGUAGGAGAUACAUUGAAGUUUUCAGGAGUAAGAGACAAGAAUAUUACAAGGCCAUAGCAAAUGAAGUUUCAGAUGCUCGUGGUGGUUCACCCCGUCGGAGUGCUCGGGCAAGAUCACUUGAUGAUGGGAACGAGUCGGCCCAACAUACUGGAGUCUUGCGAUUGAGAGGAUUGCCAUUUUCAGCUGGGAAAGAUGAUAUUAUGGAUUUCUUUAAAGAUUUCAUGCUUUCAGAGGAUUCUAUUCAUAUCACACUCAAUAUGGAUGGGAGGCCCACAGGUGAAGCAUUUGUUGAAUUCGCGAGUCCAGAUGAUUCAAAAGCUGCGAUGGCGAAAGAUAGGAUGACCCUCGGGAGUCGUUAUAUAGAGCUGUUCCCUUCAUCACAAGAGGACUUAGAUGAAGCAGUUUCAAGGGGACGGUGAUGAAUUCCUGUAGCAGCUGUGUAGAUUUUACAAUUUCUGAAUUUUUAACAGUGUUUUUUUUAUAAUUAUUUUUACUCUGCUAGUUUUAUUUAGUUAGAACUAAAUCACUAAUAAGCCUCUCAUCAGUAGUUGUCAUUGUUGAAUUUUUAACAUUUAAAAGCAGGACGAAAGAAACUUCUCUCUGCAGGAAAGCGUAGAUUAUAUUUUUGUAGUUUCGUUCA